GCCGCGCUUACAGGGUUGGAUGGGGCCCGCAGCCAGGCAGGGGCUGCCGCUGGGGUCGAAUUCGGGACUCGGCUAGUCGGGUCUGGAGCGCGGGGGGUUUGACUGGGCCGUGGCGCGGCUGCUGGUGUUUCAGGGCAGGGGAUCGCAGCGCCUGGAGCGGGCGCGCCGGGCCCCUGUCCCAUGGCGUCUGUGCUGGAGGAUCCUAUCUUAAUUCGUCCCUUUAAAGGCCAUAAAGCUGCAGUCAGCGGCGUUGACUUCAGCCCGACCACCACGGCACUUGCCUCAUCAUCUUUGGAUAGAUUUCUUAUGAUAUGGAAUUUGAAGCCACAGUCCAGAGCUUUCAGAUUUGUGGGUCACGUGGAAGCUGUGACCAGUGUACAGUUUUCACCAGAUGGGCACCUCGUGGCAUCUGCUUCUCAGGAUCGGACUGUUAGACUAUGGAUUCCCUGUGUUCAUGGAGAAUCUUCAGCCCUGAAAGCCCAUACUGCACCUGUCCGUAGUGUGAACUUCUCACAUGAUGGCCAAUUCCUAGUUACAGCGUCCAAUGACAAAUCAAUAAAAGUAUGGAGUGUCCACCGGCAGCGCCUUUUGUUUUCCUUAUCCCAGCACACACACUGGGUUCGCUGUGCCAAAUUUUCACCUGAUGGAAGAUUAAUAGCAUCUUGCAGUGAGGAUAAAACUGUUAAAAUCUGGGAUGCAGCAAAUAAAAUAUGCAUUGAUAGCUUUACAGACUAUGAAGGGUUUGCAAACUAUGUUGAUUUCAAUCCAAGUGGUACAUGUGUAGUUUCUGCAGGUUCUAAUCAUACAGUGAAGCUCUGGGAUAUUCGAAUGAACAAGUUACUGCAGCAUUACCGAGUUCACAGAGGAGGAGUUAAUUGUGUAUCAUUCCAUCCUUCUGGUAACUAUCUCAUCACUGCUUCUACUGAUGGUACCCUUAAAAUUAUGGAUCUCUUAGAAGGAAGACUUAUAUAUACGCUUCAUGGACACAAGGGACCUGUGCUUUCUGUGGCCUUUUCCAAAGGUGGGGAAAAAUUUGCAUCAGGUGGAGCUGAUGCACAGGUAUUACUGUGGAAGACCAAUUUUGAUUCAUUUAACUAUAAGGAAGUUCUUAAACAACAUAGAAGAAGAAUACAUACUGAUGACCCACCUCACCUUCUUGAUAUUUAUCCAAGAUCACCUCAUCCCCAUGAUGGGCAAUCUCAGUCAAUUGAAAUAGAUCCUAGCUUCGAUGUGACAGAUACACAAACGCUUGACCCUCCUGUCGUAGAUAUUAGUUCCUCCGUGUAUUUCAGUUCUCCGUGGGACAGUGGUGAGAUGUGUGGCUCUGACAAACUCGCAGAUGCCUGCAUGACGGGAGCACAGCAAACGGGACAAGCUGGAAUUAUCGACCAGCACAAAGAAACUGGAAACAGCAGAACCAGGGGCAUCAGGGAUUUUCCUGCCAUGGAGGACUCUCCAGGUAGUGUGAACUGGCAAAGGGCAUAGCAGUUCCUGCACCACACCCCUAACAUAAGGGAGCAUGUUGGUGGCAUGGGCAGAGCACUACUCUACUCUGGUGAUCUCUAGCUGGACAGUGGCCCAUUAAGGGCCAUAACCAACUAGCAUACAAUAGAGCAACCCCUAGGCACAGAAGAACCCACUAGGCAACACUGCCUCCCUUAGACUAGUCCUUCAUCUUUGACUUCUUGAAUUAAAAUUGGCCUAUUUUACCCCUCAGCUAAUCCAGCUCUGGACUGUAGAAAAUUUCAGGAGUUUGGAAUAAAAAUGUUCACCGUCUUUUUCUGUUUUAAGGCAGUUCCCACAGAUAUACUCCUGACUGCAACUAUGACAAUCUCUAUUUUGCUCCAGAGUAAAACUGCUCCAAUAUCUUGCGCUAACAAAUUACACUUUUUAAAAUACCCCAAAAUUGAUUUAAUUUAAUGCUCAUCAAUUAUGUGCAUUAAAUACAAGAGAACAACAAUUAGAACAUUUUUGGCUGUGAAAAGAACUCUGGGAAGCUGCCUCAAACGUCAAAAGUUCUUCACUACCCUGACACUUAUGUAAUUGUUCUGUGAACACCCACACACCGGAAUAGACCUACCAUGCCUGAGUCACUGAGUAUUUCUAUAUGAAUCUAAAAUCUGUUCAGCCAGGAUACAUCAUCCAUAACGUAAGGAACACAGUGUAAGUAUAAUUUUAAAGUGAUAUCCAUGAUUCAAUAAUGUUACAGCUCACUUAGGCAGAAGGCCGUAAUAAACUAUUGCAUCUUUAUGGCCCCACCAUGCUUUAGGGCUCUGCUCCUGUGAAUGGGAAAGAAAGAAAGACUGGCUGAGAGAGGUGCAAUUGCAGGGAACAUCCAGAUCUGUAGCAUACUACCCCUAAGUACCUCCCACAGGCCCCUUCCAGAGGUUGCAUUGUGUCCUAGCUCCAUGGAUUUCCCCACUCAAAUGUGAUACAGAAUUGUCACAGUUUAUAGUAACCUGCAGAGUUUUUCUCUUUGCACUAUAGAAUGUCCUCUUCCCUUCCCCACCUCCAAGCAUAGGUGCGGACUCCGUGG